AUGGGUGUGAUAUUUCAAAUUUCACUUUCAAUUAUCUUAGCAAAUGCAAGAAGAACGGGUCACAGCUCAGGAUCCAGUUCAAGCAGCAGUAGUGGCUUAUCUACAUCGGCCUCAAUUAUUUUAGCGGUGCUAUUAUUUGUCUUUUUUAUGAUAGUUAUAAUAGCUUCUGUUUUGUACAAAAGAUAUCGUUUAAGGAAACUAAGACGACAAAUAGAAGCGAACCUAGCAACGCUUCCUCAAAUUCCUCCUCAACAAAAUUUUCAGCUAGGAUAUCAAAAUCCAAAUGGAGUUGUGCAAGUGGGAUUUGGUCAAAUUCCUCCUCAACAAAAUUUUCAGCCAGUAUUUCAAAAUCCAAAUGAGGCUGCAAAGGCUGGAUUUGGAGCUCCUGUUGCUCCUAUGUACCCAAUUAAUCAGCAAUUCGUACAACCAGGAAAUUAUCCUCCUGGCUAUACUUAUCCUCAACCUAACUCAUACCCUGGAAAUUCUGGAGCAGCUCAAGUAGGGAUAAAUAAUUCAUCGGCUUACUCAUAUCCAGUUCUAAGCCAACCUUUACAAGGAUACAAUAAUCCUGGAGCUUAUCCUCCUCAACAAUUGUAUGGUGUAACUCAAGGGUAUAAUGAACCCAAUGCCAAUCCAAAUUUUCAAGUAAACGCAACUGAUAUUAUGGAAGAAAAUUUGCCGAAGCAACCAUCAUAA